AUGAUUAGAGAUAGAGAUAGUAGUAAAAGAUUAUAUCAUGAUAUCUAUAAAAAUUUAUUGUAUCAACAUCAUAACCAAGAAUAUCAAUAUCCUCAAAAACAACCUUCUAUUGAUAUUAAUGAUUUCAAUCUCAGACCUUAUACAUGUGUAGUUAAAGAGGGACAAUAUUAUGUAACACCAGGUAUUUUAGAGAAUGGCGCGGCAUUCGCAUUGGUAGACCUUAAUUCGAAUGAAACCGGUUGGAAUUACCUAUCGAUAAACACUUCAUCACAGUACCCAGAUUCGAUACAGGCUCAAGCUGCAGGUUAUAUCGAAGGAUAUUUAACUUGGCAAUCGAUUUACUAUGGUAGAAUCAAUUACUUUAUGCAAACUUAUCAAUCCACUGAUGCACCUACUAAUGUUACAAAUUGGAUAGAAGAUAAUAUUCAAUAUAUGGAAUCAAAAAUUCAAGAAUAUAAAGAUAAAGUUAGUUUUAAUGGUGAUGAGGACGAAGACGAAGAUGACGACGCAGUGUAUUGGUAUCAUGUAUCAUUGAUUCUUGAUCAAAUAUCAGGAAUGGUUGAGGGAUACAAUGAUAUAGUGUACAAUAAGGAUAUUGCCAGAUUGACCAUUGUCGAUGUUUUCAUUUUGAACAUGGCUGGAGAUAUGAGUGAUUUGAUGAACGCUAUCACUAUUCAAGCCGGUGGAGAUAUUCCAUUCCCAAAAGACUCAACAGAGAUAUUGGAAAACUCUCACUGCUCUUCAUUUAUCAAACUGGCAGACGACCUCUCCGAAGUCUAUUGUGGACAUACAACAUGGACCUAUUAUACAUCAUUGAUAAGAACAUUUAAAUAUUAUCAAUAUUCAUUUUCAUCACAAAGUAAAAUGAUUAGUAAUAGUCAGUUAUUUUCAGCAUAUCCAGCAACUUUAUCUUCGAUUGAUGACUUUUAUCUUUUGGAGAAUCAGAUGAUUGUAACUGAGACCACCAAUAAUAUUUACAAUUAUUCGUUGUAUUACAAAGUUGAGAAAGAGUCAGUUCUGAGUUGGAUAAGAGUAUUGGUUGCCAAUCGACUUAGUGACUCACCACUGGAAUGGUGUCAAACUAUUGAAAAGUACAAUAGUGGAACAUACAACAAUCAAUGGAUCGUAUUUGACUAUAGAAAUUUUACACCAAAUAUCAGUCUAGAAGAUGGUGCUCUCUAUAUUUUAGAACAAAUUCCAGGAUUUUGUCAAUAUGAGGAUCAAACAAAGAUACUCAGAGAUGGUUAUUGGCCUAGUUAUAAUUUACCAUUCUAUGAGAAUAUUUAUAAUAUGUCGGGAUACCCAUUGUUGGCUGCAACUCUCAAUGUUAGUCUGCAAAUGCAGAUUUCCUAUGAGACCAACUGUCGAGCUGAGAUCUUUAGAAGAGACGCCAACACUGUCUAUACUCUGGAUGAUUUCAUGGCGUUCAUGAGAUACAACAACUAUCAGAAAGAUCCAAUUUCACAGGGUAAUCCAUCGUAUUCGAUCUGUUCGAGAUUCGAUUUGAUUAAGGAUAAACCAAUACUUUUGGGUGGAACCGACAGUAAGGUAAUCAACUACAAACUAAUGAAAGAGCAGAUCAUAGUUGCAAUCAACGGUCCAACCACCGAUAAUCAACCGCCAUUCAAUUGGAAUAACUUCCCACAGUUCACCAAUACUACUCAUAUUGGAAUGCCUGAUGAAUAUAAUUACGACUGGGUGUCAAUUUCCAAGAAUAAUGAACUUGAAUGUAUGAGAAAAGAUGAGUUGAAAGUGAUAAUGAAAGAAUGCUCAUUAAAACACAAUGGUAUCCAGAGAGAUUUGCUUAUCAAUGCGAUCAUUCAACAUCAAGAGCAAAUCAUCGAUUUGAAAUCAAAGUUGGUAACGAACAACUCGAUUGAGAAGUAUCAUCGUGGCACCGUUGAAUAUCGAUUGCCAACAUUGGUCAUCUAUCGAAUCAUUCGUGAUCUCUGGCAAAAUGAAAUCGACUUUUGUUUAAACCCAGCGAAUCUCAGGGAAAGUUACAGAUGGUUACUAUCUAUUGCCUUGGUUUCCAAAGAGUUGUUCAAACUGAUAUCGUCGUUGUUCACCCGAUUCCAACAUAUUCAUGCCAAUCAUAACAACACUGAUACUCUCGAUAAAAUCAUUGUGGAGAUGAAAGAUCAUUUUCUAAAUCCACACUCAAUCCUCAAGAAUAUCAGUCAUCUGACGUUCUCAUUGGAUCUCCUCAAGGAGAUCGCUGACAACAAAUCGAUAGGUACACAAACCGAACUGGCUGUCGUGUUCCACGGUGUCAGGAAACUGAUAUUGAACGGCAAGAAGGACAAAAUCAAAACGAUAGAGAUAAAGCAAAUCAAAACGAUCAUUCGAUGCAUGCCGAAUCUUGAAUCACUACUCAUCCGUGAAGCGAUCAUUGAAAACGCAAAAACAUUGAUUCAACUACUAAUUUUGACUCCACAAAGAAAAUAUCAGAUGUCAACACAUAAGAUUAAAAGUACUACCACCACUAGUUCAAGAACAAUUGUUGGUAAUGGUGGUGGUGGUGGUGGUGGUGGAAUCAAUAACGCCAUGAAUGUGAUUGUCUUUGGUUUCCCUUUUGUUGGUCUGAGUGUUGGUGGUACGGUUGGCUUGAUCAACAAUCUUUUGCUACCAGAGCAAAACUCAAUGAUGAUUGCAAUCCUAUUCCUACUACUCAUACUCAUACCACUUUCGACUUGGAUCGUUAAGCAAGACACUACAAUACUCUUGGUAGGACUACUUUUACUAGCACCUUACUUUGCAGGCAACUACAUUGUACAUUAUCUAACAGUGAAUCACAACUCAAUAUUUUCAUAUUCAUUCAUCUUUAUAUGUUUAUCUAUAUUCGCAAUCAUAUACCUUAAGAAUAAGAAGAAAUUAGAUUAA